UAGGAAGAAAGAUAUGUAUUAUAACAAGAUACUGUUUGAAAUUACACGCUUUUGUAAAAAAUUGAUAUGAACAUAAUAAUAUAAAUAUUUUACGUUUUGUUAAGCGACACAAUUUAAAACGGUAAAGUUAAUUGACUGAAGAAAACCCAAUGAAAUUACAAAACAGGCAAUUCGCUAGUUCUUAUCAUAUGUUUCUAGUUUAAUCAUAUGUUUCUGAGGUCAAUACACAGUAAAGUAAGAUGUUGGAUUAUGCAGUUUGACGUUUAUUUAUUUUCUCUUAUUUUAAACUAUACAUACGGUUAUUGUUUAAUAUUAAAUCUUUGGUAUAGGAUAUUACGCGGUUUUUAAUGAAUAAUUAAUAAUGACAACAAUGGACUCUGAUUCUGAGAGUCAAGACAGCGACGAUGGACGACGAUUUCGUUUUGAAGCUACUCGUAAAGAUAAUUUACAACUGGAAACAAAACUAGGAAAAUUAUCAAAAUUGCGGUCGGAGCACAAAUCCUGUUACAACGACGUAGAAUGUAAAAGUAGGAAAGAUAAAUCGAAACGCGACUGCAACAGAGAUGAACACAGAGUUUCGAGAGAACGGGAUACGGACAAUAGAGAUAUUAAAUACUCCAAACAUCCUCACGAAUCAAGAAGUUCAAGAUAUGAUGAUAGUAAAGAUUAUAGAAAUGCAAGGGAUGUUAGUUUAGGUUCAAGAAGUUCUGUGUUGUCUUCCAAACAUAAAACAAGGGAUGCAAAACGACAUAGAAAUCGAGAUCGGGACGAACAUCAUAAAAAUAGAUCUCAUGAACGAUCUCGUAGCAGAAACGAUAACGACAAGCACAAAAAUAAAUCCCAUGAAAAAUAUAAGCAUCACUCUUAUGACAAAAGUCGCGAUAGAGGAUAUCAAUCGUCGAAAGCGAGGUCGGAAGACCGUGACAAAUUUCGGGGAGAAUCUGAAAGAUACAAUGUAUAUAAACAAUCAUCGACAAAAGAAAAUGAAGAACAAUGUUUGCAAGAAUAUUCUUCGCCCAAAAGUACAGAACAAGAUCGUAACGAUAACGAAUUGUUAAUAAAAGGUGAUUUGUCAGGAGACAAUCAUGAAUGUAAAGAAUUAAAUCUAUCUGAAUUUGAUAUUCUGUCAGAAACAGAUGAAAAUAUGUCUGAUAGUUCGGAUGUUAAAAGUAAGAAUUCAAUUUUACAGCAACAUAAGGUAAAGACAAGAAAAAGAAAUUCGAACGAUGAAUAUAAAAGUACGUUAAAAAAACAAGCAACAGAAAUUGAACAUUCAGAAGGAUUGGCAAAGGUAAAUGCAAGGAUGAACGAGCCGUUACAUGGUUCCAGUAAUAAUAACUCUGGUACCAUUUCAGAUUCUGCAUUAGGUACUAUGUCACCUAUAUCGAUGGAAAUCAGUCAAGAUUGUAGAAAUGACGUUUAUCAAAAAUCUGAAAACGAAUCAAGAAAAGAAACAGUUGAUUUAAGUCAUAAGAAAAAUAAUAAAAAUCCUCUUGAAAAAUGUAAUAACUGUUAUUUCUUAAAUACGACGGAAGUUACUUUACCCUCAUUGUAUGCAUCUGACGAGAACAAAUCAGCGUAUGGACCCAGUUUACCACCACAAUUAGUAACUGAUUCUUCUAAUGAUGUAAAGCUAGUAAAAAAUACAGUUUUUAUAGGACCUUGUUUACCAGAAACUAUCGCGCAAGACGUAACAGAAACUUCCGAAGGCGAUGUGUCGAGUAGUGUUAAUCAAAAUAAUGGAGCGGGUGAAAAUUCUACAUUAGAUGCAGAUGUUGUUUUCGGUCCAGUGUUACCGCCGCAUUUGUUAAAACAGAAUUGCGAUAACGAAAUGAACGUGAAAAUAAUAGCUCCUGCUCUUCCCACAAGCGUAACGCAAUCAUUCGAUAACGAUGAAAUGGAACAAACAGAAUCUGAAAACGAUGAUGCGAUAGGUCCAUUACCGGUUGAUCAUCCAGCAUUAAAAACAAACUAUGUGUACAAACAAUUGGAACAAAGAGCGCUGGAGAUUCAGAAGGAACAGAAAGAUGAGGACGAUAAUACACUGAAUCAACGAGAAGAAUGGAUGACGGAGUUACCUUCGGUUCAAGUCAAUAAUUUAGGAUUAACUUCAAGAAAAUUUCGAAAGAAGUCAGGUCCAGAUAUGUCCGAUAGAUCAUGCUGGACCGAUACUCCAGCAAAGAAAGCUGUAAAACAAAAACAACAGGAGGGGAAAACGUUGUACGAUACAUCGACCAUAGCUUUAGUUGAAGAAAGUUUCGAAGUUAACUCUGGAGAAAGCAAAAGACAGGAAAAAUCGUUAUUAGAAAUACAUCAAAGUAAACUUCGAAAGAAAAAAAAGAAAGAAGAAAAAAAAGCAAAAUUAUCUGGAGGGACAGUUAGAAGACCAUUCGAUAGAGAUAUUGAUUUACAAAUCAAUCGGUUUGAUCAGGCUCAAAGAAAUGCUGUUAUAAACAAAGCACAAUAUCUGGAUGAUAGGUUUUCUCGUGGGAAAUUUUAGUAAGGCCAAAAUAAGUGAAUUGUUUGUAUAUUCAGUAGAAUUUUACAGAGGUAAUAAGUUUGACGAUGUACAUUUUGACUCAUUAUAAACUGAUGAGUGCCUUCAAUUACGAACAAUGUAAUUAAAUUUUUAGUUAGAACGGAAUUACAGGUUUGCAUAAAUCGAAUUCUCUUCCUAUUUAAAUUAAUUGUUUCUAUUCGUGCGAUGAUUAGUUAUUAGAUAGCAUUAACAUGAACAUUAUAAAAUAUUGUUUUAUCAGAAGCACGUACUUGAAGUAUAUAAUACAUUAUGGUGUAAAUUUAAUAAAACACUCUUUAAAUGUUGAUACAUAGCUAUAUUAUGUAUUCAUUUUUUCAAUUGAUUUUAUUAAGAAACAUGCGGAUUUCAACUUAUGUACGUACGUUAUAAUUGCAAAAUCAUAUUUUAUAAGUGACCACUCUUUAUGUCUGUGAUGUAUAUAAAUAUAUAUACACGAAAUACUUUAUCAAAAAAUAAUGUAAUUCAAUGAUGAUAUAAGACUACAAGUAAAUACAUAAAAAACAUAAGUUUUAGCAACUUCAAAAGUGGAAAAUGUUUUUUUCCCUUUUUGAUUUUAUUACAAAGUUGAUUGUAUCUAUAAUUACUUAAGAAAAUUGUGACGUAGUAAAUGUUUUGUAUGUAAACAGUUGUAAUUUUACAACAUGUACUUUAAAUAUACUUUUUAUGAAAAUUA